GUCACUUCCUGCAGCUGUUUCCCAGUGGGUACGGCUGGACUGACUUUUGACAGUCAGCCUUCAGCUGCGGAGGGGGCUUGGCGGGGGCCAGCCGGGAAAGUUGCGUCGAGAGAGGCGGAGUUGAGCCGGGCCGAGCCGGGUGCGCGGGGCAGACGGUGGCGGGCGCCCGGCGUGGACGCGGCGCCCAGACUCCCCGCGCGUCCCGAGGGUUCCGAUUUGAAGACCUGACUUCUCAUCGCCCAUUGGAUUAUGCCCAAGGCUUUCCUACCCAAUGAUCCUCUUGCAACACGCCGGGCUUCCUCUGCCUAAGCGGCCCUCAUCCUCUCCUCCUAUGUCAGUGGCCGCCAGGUCUACAGGAACCUUGCAGCUUCCGCCACAGAAGCCUUUUGGGCAGGAGGCUUCCUUGCCUCUGGCAGGGGAAGAGGAGUUACCUAAGGGAGGAGAGCAAGACUCUGCCCUGGAGGAGCUAUGUAAGCCCCUGUACUGCAAACUCUGCAAUGUCACCUUGAACUCAGCGCAGCAAGCCCAGGCUCAUUAUCAGGGUAAAAAUCACGGUAAGAAACUCCGAAAUUACUAUGCAGCAAACAGUUGUCCUCCUGCUGCCAGAAUGAGCAGCGUGGUGGAACCUGUGGCCACGCCAGCGGUUCCAGUUCCUCCACAGAUGGGCUCCUUUAAGCCAGGAGGCAGAGUGAUCCUGGCCACAGAGAACGAUUACUGUAAGCUCUGUGAUGCCUCCUUUAGUUCUCCGGCUGUGGCUCAGGCUCACUAUCAAGGGAAGAAUCAUGCCAAGAGGCUGCGGCUGGCGGAAGCUCAGAGUAACUCAUUCUCGGAAUCCUCAGAGGCGGGUCAGCGGCGGACCCGGAAAGAAGGGAAUGAGUAUAAGAUGAUGCCUAAUAGGAGGAAUAUGUAUACGGUACAGAAUAAUUCAGGUCCUUACUUCAAUCCCCGCUCUCGGCAGAGAAUCCCCCGUGAUCUGGCCAUGUGUGUGACUCCAAGUGGCCGGUUUUACUGCUCCAUGUGUAAUGUCGGGGCCGGCGAAGAGAUGGAGUUCCGGCAGCAUUUAGAGAGCAAGCAACAUAAAAGCAAGGUGUCUGAGCAGCGGUACAGGAACGAGAUGGAGAACCUGGGAUAUGUAUAGUGCUUGUUACAUUCAGAGAGAGCAGCUUUGCCUGCCUGGUGUUUUGCCUUCUGUCGACAUGCCCUGCUUUUGUGGUCCUUUUGAUAUAAGUACAUUCCUCUGCUUAAUGUUAAUAUAUGUAACCUGCAGUGGUACCGUGAGAUGUCAAAACUGGGGAAGGUAAAGAAUGUGCUUCUUAGGUCACGAUGCGUUUUCAGGUCAGUUGUGUUGAGCUACUUAGAGCAUGUGACCUACCUACCCCAUGAGAAAUAACUUUUUAUCUUGACCGAGUUCUGGUCAACUAGUAGCCUGAUCACUUAGAGCUUUAACUAUUUGAAAAUUUCACCUUCUUUUGCAAUUUUAGUUUUAUGUACUGUUAAGAAUAUUCUUGAGUUCUUACUUCAGAUAAUGGUGACAACAGGUAAGCAGAGAUUUUGGUUUCCCAAGGCUUCUUUGGAACCACCUCAAUGCAAUGCCUUGUCAGUAGGAUAUACUAUUAUUGUAAACUGCAUUAGGGUCUUUCCCAGGACAUGUUUUCCCAUUAUCAUGUCUUCCCAUUAUUGAAAUGCAGAUUUUCAUGGAUUCAUACACUUCCAAUGUGCUUGUAGACUUCCAAAUGGUGAAAUUUCAUUUCCAGUCAUGGAUUUCAUUCAUUUAAAUGCCACCUUCUUCCUUUCCCCUCCCCUGCCCCUCCCCGUCCUGGUUGAAUUAGCUUGUAAAAUAAGCUCAUUCUCAUGCCCCAGCCAUAUUAUGGGCUUUCCAAGCCCCCCAUUCCAAUAUCCAGUGAGUGUAAGAUAGAUAUGCUAUUUUUUACAAAGAUAUUUUUCGGAUGGUUUUAGAGUUAUUCACUGAUAAUAUGUACUUGUAUGAUGGUCUUGAUCCUAAAUUCAGUUCUCUUGACAUUUGUUUUGGCAGACUUUUUUGAUAAACUGAUCCUUACAUUGUACAUUCUUUCCUGUCUUGCCAGUUUGUUGGCCGUCCUGAGAAAAUACUACUACCUUACUGUUUCAUAAAUAGAGAGGACUUUAAAAAAAGUUAAUCAAAUUUUAGUAGCAUCAUUUCCAAUAGUAAAAUACGUGAACUUUGGUUUCUUUAUAAUUUAGCUUUCUAAAAGAUAAUAGAAAUACAUUAUGGAGUACUUUGGUAUCUGCUAAUUACAACAGUAUUAUUAUUUUCUUGUUUUCAAAAUAAGAAGCUCUAGUGUAUGGCUAGAUUAACUAAUGGAGUACCCUAUGAACUUUCAUUACUUGUAUUUUAUCUACUUACUAUAGUUACAUAGAUAAGACUGGUGCUCAUCCAUAGUUCUUUUGAAAGGCCACAUUCACCAGGAAGUUUAUAUUGAGUAGUAUCUUUGCACUAUGGUCAAUUCACAUUUGAUUGCUUACAUUACUAAUUAAAAAUGAAACUCCUUUUUCCCUUGGGAAUUCUAUAAGCAAAGAGAUGAGGAGAAGGAAAUUAUCAUUGUCAUUCUUUUCCUUUAAUACUUAUGAACAGUUUUUGAGCAAUCUAGAUAUGUAUUUAAAAUUCAGUUUUGGGAUUAACCUCUAGUUCAGUAUCAAGUUGCCCUUUGGUUGAAGUGGUUUUUUGAAAAAUAGUAGAAUUGUUUAGUAAUUUUUUUUCUCCCCAAAAUAGAAGAAUGAAAUAACGUUAUUGAGAUUCUAUCUAGACUUGUGACUCAUAGUAUAAUCCUUUUAUAUAAUUGAUUUGUUUAGGGCAAUUUAGAGCUUAUUUCGUUGGUCAGUAGGUUACUCAUUUUGCUGCUAAGUAUAAUUUUUUGGUAGAUUUUAAUAUAACAGUGCUGGCCACUUGGUUCUAUAAUUAUUUAAAAAUCUCAUUUUCCCCUCUUUCUCUUUAUGUCUCUCUGUGUGUGUGUGUGUGUAUGUAUAUGUACACACACACACAUAUAUGUGUGUAUAUAUUUAUAUACAUACACACACAUAUGUUUAUGUGAUACCAUAGAGAAAAUUUCAUUGGAUCCUUAUUUCAGAUAACAGUAAAGGAUUGUGAAUAAGAAUUUACAGUUUGUAAAAGUGGCAUUUAUCUAUUUUCCAUUUUUCCUUUACAAAUAAAAUUAAAGGAAGGAUUUCGCCCACUCUCCCCACUUAACAAUCUCAUUACAUAUGUACAAAAAGCAGUGGACUUAAAGGCCUUGAUGUUUUUCCUGGCCUUGCACAUUCAGGUUUCCAGUCUCCCAGUGCCCUUAAUGGAUGUUAUGAAUGCAUAAACGCAUUUUCUUUAAAGAAAAGUUAGAUUUAUAGUGUUAUUUCUUACUUGCUCUAUUUCUUUGCACUAAAAAAGAGCUAUGUGUUUGUUUUAUAUGACACUUUAGAUACCAUAUUGCCUACAAUAACUCAGUUUGCUCCUUAAUUUCCAAACUGUAGGAAGUUGAUAACUUCCAUGAUCAUUUAUGGAGGUUACAUACACAUCCAAAAAACGAAAAACAAAAAAACCCACAAAUCUCUGGGACAGUGGGUUGUUUUGGGCUUGUUACCUUGCAAUAUUCUCCUAUAUUCUAUAGGUGAAACAAAGGGUGACAGAGGUUGUCAGAAAGGAAAUACCUAAAUAAACACAUCUCUGCAUGGUACAAUUUCUCAUAUUCAUACAUUCCCUGUAGACAGUGUUUUUUCCCCUGUCGAAGAAGGCUGUUGUUCCUGCUGCAGUGAUAAGUGAUCUCCAUUGGUUUCAUGUUGUGAAGUCCACUCCCGCUCUGUAAUGUGCUUUAGAAUUUGCACCCUGUGCUCCCCAGGAGUCAUGUUACUAUCUUUUUAUAUUCUGUAUACAACGAUGGACAGAGGCCUAAACAGUGGAAAACCUUGAGUCAAACAAAUAGAUUUCAGUAAUCAUCUGCAAGAACUCAUAGCAUCAAAGUCUCUUUUCUCUGUGAAUAUCUUUGUGUAAGUUGUCAUUCAAAGUCAAUGUUAGAAGAUAACAAUUAGAAACUCUUAAGAUAUUGAGGGCAAGAAGUUGUAAAGGAAAAAUUCCAUGUUCCAAUUAAAAGGUUGGAUUGCA